AUGGUUUAUGGUAGAUAUAACAUAGGUGAUAGUUUAUACCAAAAUAUGUACAUGUCGGACGUCAGCUUUGAAGUGAAAGGAGAAAUAAUAAAUGCGCAUAAAUUUAUUCUCUCAUUUAAAAGUAAAACUUUUUACAACAUGUUUCAUGGCGGAGUUGAAUUGAAAAUUAGUUAUAUAAAGAUUGAAGACAUGAGUAAAAAUGUUUUAGAAAUAAUCUUGAAAUAUAUUUAUACAAAUGAUAUCAGUUUUUAUUCGCUUGAUGUCAAUCAACUAAUAGAAAUCUUGUAUGGAGCUAAAAAAUAUAUGCUUGAAGAUUUAAUUAAAGAAUGCGUAGAAAGAUUUAGUAGUUAUUCUCAAGAUCGUGAAAAGGACGUAUUACAACUGUAUUUGGUAUCAUCUAUCCACCCAGAAAUCAAUGUCGAUCAUUGUCUCAAUAUUCUUAAGAAGAAGGAAGAGUUCGUGUUUCUUUCAAAAUCUUUCCUUAACGCGUCUGUUGAUUUAAUACGUAAGUUUAUCACGUCAUUACCUGAUAGAAAUUCGUCCACUAAACAGAUGACUCAAUUUCUCAUAAGAUGGGCAAGAAAUGAAUGCGACAAGUGCCAAAUUUCCGAUAACUCAAAUAAUAUAAUACAAAAAUUAAAAGAUAACAAAUUCGAUUUUUUUUCCUACAUUUUGGAUUUCAAUAGCGAAGACGUUAUUUCAGUAGUUCGCGAGCGAAAAUUAAUGGAAGACACUGAGAUACUCGAAAUUGCGAUUAGGAAUAUCAACAAAGUGCCUGCCAACUUUUAA